GCGAAGGUGCUGGAGGUCUCAGGCAGGUGGGGACAGGCCUUUUUGUCCCACUUCCAACCACCCUUUUCCAGAAGGUGAAGGAGAAUGUAGAGCGGCGCCACACCUGGAGGGAGCCCCUCAGACAGAGCAGCCAUGGGAGUUGGUGCUCCAGCCAGCUGAGGUGGGUGAGCUCACCUGGACCUGCCCUGCAGAGCUGCCCACCCACCACCACAUCUCCGCAGGAUUUCUGGCAGCACGGCGCUGUGCUCGGUUUCUGAGGAUCACACCUGCUUUAUCCCAGCUUGCUGCAGAGAGGAUCAGUUCUGUCGGUACCAAGUGAUUAUCAUCAACCUGUUUGGAAAACUCCUUAUUGAAGAACAAGAUGAAUAGAGAUACAGAGUUGGAUUCAAGGAGCAUGACCUCAGAACCAGCCUCUCUGACAAACAGUGCAGAGGAGGAAAAGAUAGAGGUUGCUUCUGAACUGAGCAGCCCAACCUUCCAUAGCAGUGACAGUGGGUUUUUGGAAAGAGGUAUUAAAAAAGUGUUAAGCAUCAGGAAAUCAACACGAAGUCUGAACAAAGAAAAAGGAACGACAGAUACUGGCGCUUGGAAACGAAAACGACUAUCGUUGCUAUUCCCCAAGAACUAUGAGGAGAGCACAGCUGCAAUCUGUAAUGGCAUGGAGGGGAUUGGUGAGAAGGUAGAAGCAGAGACUAUUCAAGGAAAACCUCUUUCAGUAAUGGAAAUCAAUGAACUUAUUCAGAAAAGGCAACUUUUGGAAGCAUUUGCAAGCAUCAAGUACUUGGAAGAUGAGACUAUCACUGAACGGGAUGCUGAGAGAUACAAAGAUAACCCCCAGGAAUUUGUACGGAAAUCCAAGGAUGUGGAUUUGCUUUAUAACUCUAUCAUGAACACAAUCCAGUCCAUUGUGGUGGGAACACUGGAGCAUCCCACUGUAGAGGACACCAUGCUGACCUGCCUGGUGACUUUAAUUGCCCGUGAAGAAGCAGCUCAUCCUAAUACAGGCCACACUGCUGGUCCUGGAUCGGACUUGCUCGGCACACCCAGAAAGUGGAGGGAGGAGUGGAGGGAAGCUGUCAAGGAAAGUGCUAGAAAAAGAGUCCUGGGGGUACCCCUGGCAUCUAAGGAAGAAGAAAGUUCUUGGCUUGAUCACCACUUAAGUUUCCUCCAGAAACGUCUGAGUGAAGACUUACUGAAAAUCAAGAUAUCAGUAAAAAAGUGCUAUCCAGAGGAGUACCAGGUGUGUGACAUGUAUGUGGAGGCUUUUCACGAGGCCAUUGCCUCACACUUGCAACAUCUCUCCCGGAGACCACUGGAAUUCAAUGAGCUCUACACCUUGCUCAACUGGGUGGCCAACACCUACCACGGUGAACUCCUUCUGGGCCACCCUGAUCUCAAACCAGAAGUUAAGACAGAAAACCUGUCCCUGCUGUUAACACCAGGUGAUUGGGAUAAACUGAAGAAUGACUACAUCACUACUGCAAAGGAGAAAAUCAAAAGCUAUUUUGGAAACAUCCUGAGACUGGAGGUCACGGAGAAGUGGGAGAAGGAAGUUCAUCCAGAAGUGAAGGAAAACCUCUACCAUUCCUCACUCUCCUUUGAUAUUCAAACGAUCAUUGGGGAGCACAUGAAGAUUUCUGGAGUGAUCAGCAGAAGCCUGGAAAUGAAAAUGCUUGAGCUGUGUCUAGCAGAGCUGCAUGAAUUCAUACCAAGGUUUGGGGAGGAGUUCAUAGCGUGGAGCACUGCCCAGGACAGCCCCAUCUUUGUGCCCUAUUUCGUUGCCUACAUCAACAGCUUCUGUGACCUGACGUCAGGGUUGGAAACAGUGUUUAAAGUCAACACUGAGGAACUGCAGAAGAUUCUGGCAGCUCUGACAAGGAACUUCACGAAUAUUUAUUUAAAUAAAUUAAGAACAAAAACACAGCCACUCUUUAAGAAAAUCCUGACCAAGGACUGGAUUUUUGAGACGGAAAGGCCGGACUCACUGGCGUCAGCAGUCUCACAGUUCUCUGAGCACCUGCAGCACAUGAGGGACCCCAUGGGGCAGGAGCUUCUACGUGAUGUUCAUAAGUAUGUGGUGAGGGAAUACAUCACACAGGUCAUCAGACCCAGACGGAAAUUGAACAGGGAGACACGGGAACAAGUGAGUGAAAAGAUGAAGCAGGAAGCCAAAAUCCUUAAUAACAGGCUCAUUGAUCAGGGCUCUGACUCCUACUGGCUCCUUCCUGCCAUACAGCACAUUACCAGUAUCAUUGGGGAGACAAAAAAAGACAAGAUCAAGGACUAUGUCACAGACCUGUGCCAGGAUUAUCCAGAUAUCAGGAAGGAGCAUGUCCUGGCUGUCCUCGCACUCCGGGGGCUGAGGCGCAGCAGGAGAGCAGCAAUUUUUAGGCAAGCCUGUCUGGUACUGGAGAGCCCUGAUGGUGGGGAGGGCAGGACACUCUUCGCUGAAAUUGAUGCCCCAAUGAUCAUCAGCUGCUUCUAAAACAGAACCAAAACAGCAGUCAGCACCCUCCCUCUUCCUACACUGCCUCUGCAGCGUGACCCAAAACCUGCUACCCUGCCUUGCUCCUCUGCAAACACAACUUUUUGACUGCCAUGAGGAAAGGAACAGUUUUCUGAACUUGCUACUCCAAGUUGAGAAACCAAAGGCAACAGACGUGCCAAGACAACUGACCUAGUGUGAGAGCUCCUGGGCAGCAACUCCAGGCCAGGCACUGUGCCCACCCUGCGUUCAAUUCAGAUUUUCUUGCCAGGAGGCUGCUUGUUUGAUCGGUCCAGGACUGAGUCUUUUUUCAGAGAGUAGGAGGAAGCCAAAAGGAGUUCACUUAGAACUAUAUUGAGGCUUGGACUGUGUGUUCCAUAAUUAUACAGCAACAGAGCAAGAGCCUCCUUCAUAAUUGGUGUCCCUGAGCAACUGAGGGGCAAAGCUUGCUCAGGGAUGUGGUAGCACCAAAGUAUCAUUUCCUUCCCCAUGAGCCAGCUGGCCAAGCUGGCGUGACACAAGGCUGGUGACGUUGUGACCCAAUGCCACAAACCACUACCUGCCUGAGGAGGAAAACCUUGGAGGACAAUCAAACCCCACAACUGGGGGACACAGAGUGCAUGAAUGACUCUGCACUCCAGGAUAGUCCUCAUGGCCAUUCCGGGGUUUCAGCAGAUUUUCCUCAUUUUUGGGCUGCCUUGCAAAACUCGUGUUGGACCAGAGACCGAUUCGUGCCAUCACAGCCUCUCUCUGUGGGCAGACCUUUCUGGAUCAGCCAUGCAAUGUGGAGGGAAGCUCCAAGUCCUACUUGCCCCAGAGAAAGGGGCCACCAUGCUUCCAGUCCAUAUUCUUGUACGUUCAGAUGUAUUUUAACAGAUCUGGUACAAUCCGAUGUCUGCAGUAUGAAACCUAAUGUGAGGUGGACAGGCGUUGUGCUACAGAUUGGAUCCUCAUCUGGUGUACACCAGCAUCUCUCUAGUCAUGGGCAUGGAGCAUCACUGGAUUAACUCCAUGAGGGGUCCAGACUGUUACAUCCAGCAUCUGCAUGGAAGACUAAAAGAGACAUCCAGCAGCCUACAGCCAUACAAGUCUGAUUUUACUUAAUCCAAUUUAGCCUUUCAAUUUCCCUCUGCAGGAAUUAAUCCAGGACUGUGUAAAGAGCCAUGUUUAUGAUCUAUCAAUUAAUGUGAUAAAUGUGGACAUGGAAUAACCUUGAACACUAAUUUGCCUGCUGCAGAGCUGUCCUGGUUUUGCUGGGACAGAAUUCUAAAAUAAUUUUUCCUGUUUAGAGAAACUGUAGUUUUGAGAGACUGCAGAGUCCAAUUCUGUGAGAACAAAAUGGGUACAAUGCUCUGGGACGCUGGUUUCCACAGGGACCAAGCUUGAGGGUAGUUCUGAACUAUGCAGGUGCAGUGGGCCAGGAGGGGUGAAGCCCUGGGCAGCUGACCUGAGCUGGCCAACCCAAGUAUUCCAUACCAUUAAUAUCACCCUCACUAUAAAAUGGGAAGUUUGCAGAGAUGUUUGGGGCUUCUGGCAUGGCUGCUUCCAGAGAGGGUCCUGUCUGUCUUGUAACUUAUCCCACACCAGAGGCCUCCUCCUCUACUUGCUGUGACCACCACAUUCUCACCAAGCUGUCAUGCUGGCACUGUUGAACAUUCAUCCUGCACUGCUAGAAGGACACAGCUCACAAGUACUGUCUGGAGCUGAAUCUUUGUAUUUUAGGUUAGCAGUGGGGUUAAUGUUAGUUCAUUGUUAUUAUUCUGUUAAAUCUGGUUUCAUUUCAAACCAUGGGUCUCCUUUCCUUUUCCCAGUCCCCCACCCCCGGGUGGGGUUCGGUGAUGGAGCAACUGUCCAAACUGCAACAAGAGCCUAGAGCAUCAGUAGUGAGACCCUUUCAUUUCCUUUGCUCCAGUUUGCACCAGUAUAAAUUUCAGCCCCAGUGAGCAGCACGCACUGGUGAGAGGCCAAGGGAUGUGAUGGAUAAGAAAUACAGAGGGCAUCUUUAAUCCACAUUCAUCAUGAGAACAUUUGUCUAAGGUAGACUUGCUACCUUCACAGUCAAGAUGAGGUGCUUUUCUAAACAUGGCUUUGAAAUAUCAGCUAUAAAUUGAAAGCUUGAGGCAGGAAAUUCUGGGAGGAAUCUUCUGCCUUGCAUCUUUCUUCUCUACAGCUCAUGACAAUUCCUGCAAACAUUCAGCUUAGUGACUCUCUGUAUUUGCUAUGGAGAAGAAGUAAAAUACCUUCUACAUCUCCCAUUAGGUGUGCAGAGCUCAGGAACACUUUGGAGCUCCCCUUCUCUGUUCUGGGGACAAGGUGCAAGCAGGGACCACUGGAUUACACCCCCUUUGGGUGUGUGAGCUACACCCUCCACCUAUUUUACAUUUACAUUUAAUGCCAAAAGCACUGACUAACUGGGAGAGAUAAAAAGGGGACUUCAACAUUUGCAUCUUCAGUCUGAGACAUCUAAGAAUCGAUUUUCAGAGAAGCGCAGGAUUUGAGGAUUUGAGCUUCAGUGAGAACUUUUGUGCAUCAGAAAUUUCCCUCUGCCCUGUGUGCAUCCCUGAUCCCAGCAGCUCACGCACGGCAUCUGCAGCACAGAGAUUUUCCCUAGUGCAUUAUAUGCUCACUGCAGGGAUAUUGGACUAGGUGACCUUUAAAGGUCCCUUCCAACACAAACCAUUCCAUGAUUCUAUGAUUCUGUACUGGGUUUUCAAUCUUAUUUAACUGGCAGUGUCCAUGCAAAGCAGCUGCUUUUCCUCAGGCUCCAGCUGUCUGGCCCUGGGAUUAGAUAAGGCUCUGGCCUUCCGUUUUCUAAUAAAAGCAAGUUGCUACCCUGAAGUCAUGGAGGAAAGCUGGGCACAAUGACCUGCCUUUUGUCACAGCCUCUCCUGGGACACUUGAAUCCUGCAGCCUGGCAUCCUGUGAGCCAGUGGCAGGAGCACAGCCUGUUUCCUGUGGGAGCUGCUGCUCUCCUGUGCUUGAGCAAACCAGUUUUGGGUUAACCCUGUUAGGGUAAGACUACAAUUCAGUCCCUGCCCCAGCUGCCGUUCAAGCAAAGAGGAAGCUGCAGGGUGGGUAGGGAGCAGGGAUCCUCCCCAGGCAGGAGGAUGCUCAGUCUGGGCUGCAACAGCAGAUCCCAAAGACAGUGAGCAAGGAGAAGGGGCUGUCCUCUCCAAAAAGAGGUGCUGCUGUCCAGCCAUCUUCUGUGAAACGCCUCGUAUUCAUUAGGACCAUAUUUGACAUGCCAAUAAAAAAGAAGGCUUCCCAGGGCUUUUAUUGUGGAAUAUGUUGCACUCAUAGGGAAGUGUCAAGGAGCUCACUUAUUACCCUGUUAACUCCCUCAGUUUGUUGUUUCCUUGUGGUUUCCACAACCAGCCCUAUUCCUGCACCAGCACACAGUUACAUUCCCCAGCAGGAGACACAGCUCACUUUUACCCUGGAGGGCACAAGCUACCACAUAAGUGCAGAUACAUCCUCUGGUGGAUAAGGCUUUUGAGAAAGUAUCCAACUAAAUGGAAGAGCUAAACUCUCUCCAGAUUUAGCUUCUCAGGGACAAAUGCUGCAUUUUAGGGAGGGAUCUGGCACAGCUCACAGCACUGUGUGGGAGGUGAACAUUUUUUUUCUGUUUCAGAGGUCUUUGCAGUUUCACAAUACCAUUUGUUUCUGAUUUGGGGUGAAAAGCAGUGUCUCCAGUACUCCUUAUCCAAGAGAACAGUGCCUGCAGUCAGGCUGACCCAGGGGUUGCCAUCUGAGAUUGGCCUUUGGGGCUCAUCAUUUCAGCAAUUUCACUCAGUGAAAUUGUCCUUUCCUGGAAGGAAAAUAUGGAAAACAGUCUCACUCCAAGCAAGAAAAGAACAAAUCCAAGGCAUUACAGUGAAAACACAGAAGGCUGUCCUUGAACUAAAGACCCUAAUCCAUCAGUCAAAAUAUUCCCGAAAAAGCCUUUUAGUCCAGCAGCACUAUAAUGUUUAGCUCCCUGUUGUGUGGUAUCUUUCAGCAAAGAGCUCUCAAUUGGAUUAAAAUAUUAGGGUGUUCAGUGAUAAGUGAAUUGCAACAUUACAACCACUUUGCAACCUGGGCAACAAGGCCUGACACCACCAGUGAACACGACUGGGAAGAAAAGAAGUGCCAGAACCUUAUUAUCCCAGAUGUGGCUGAAAAGUAAAGCUGCAUUCAUUUUAGGCAUAACUACUUUGGCAACAAUAUAUCACAGUUCCCCAAAGUGGCAGUGUUUAGUAAGCAUUUAUCACCUGUAUUUUGCAUAUUUGUCCAUGAAAUCUCGUCAUGGUUGGCCAGUAAUUUCAGUUCUCCAGACAUCAGGCAGAUACAGGAGUGCUGCUCAACAUCACUGUGCACUUCCAUUCCUUAAGGACAUUUUUGUGUAAUACUGCUCAUGAUGACAUAACAUUAGCACUGGGAUUCACCCACCAUAACACCCAUGAAAGAGACCAGUCAGAUUGCUGGAAUGUUUAUUGGACAUAGAAUAUUUUAACUAUUUACUAUUACCAUAAUAGGACAGUACUGGGAAAAGGUUGACUGAUGUAAAUUAAUGUGUGGCAAAAGUGGAUUAAUAUUAACUUUUAAAGAACUACAAGAACUUCUUCUAGUGGCCACAAAACUAUUUGUCUGAGGACACUGAGCCAACAUGAACUCACCUCCCUGUAUUCAUCCCUGUCACACAAAGCGCUGCAAAUAGUCUGUAAUACUCUUCCAAUGUAGCACUCUCCAUUUACAUUUGGAAAUUCGUGUCAAGUCAUUCAAAUGUAUUAUCCCAGAAAAUGAGCAAAGGGUAAAGCACAGAAAUCCCUAGGAAAACUCUGUUGUAGUAUUUUUGCCAUCUUGAUGCUACCUAAGCAAGGGUCUCAAAAUGCUUGUGUAAGGCCUUCGCUGUUAGCUGCACAGAGAUUACAGCUCUUGCUAAAUGAGGCAGAAAAAUUGAAUGGCAGAUCCAAGAUGAGCACCUAAGCCCCAAGAUGUCUGACCAGGCAUAGUUCAUGUUUGGCCAUGCAUGAAAUUGUGCCUGGCAGUACCAGCAGGUCCAUAGCCUGAGCUCUGUAAUGAGCACAGUGCUGGGGAGCUGCCAUGGGCUUUGUUAUGGGAGGCAGGAUUAUGCCUUGGUUCCCAGAACUCAGGGGGGGCUGGCAUCAGGAGAGACAGAGCUGCUGUUUUGUGAACAGUGUUAUGCAAGUACAGGAAAAAGAAAAACCAAGCCAGAAUGCAAGGGGUGGUCGUACAGCUUAUCAAGUCAUCCCUAGUUAUACUCAGCCCCAGGAAAGCGGCUGGCAAACUGCAGCUGGGAGAAAGAUGCUGAUAAUCAGAAGCCCAUAAAACAGGAAUGAUCUUGCAAAUUGCAUCCACAGAGGAAGAGGUUUGCUUCAUUAGCAUUUGUCAGUGCAGAGCAGUGGCCUUCAACUCUUAGCUGUCUAUGCACUAAAAAAAUACUUCCAGGGAGGGCACAAAGCACAGACACGAUAAUCAUCUUGCAGUCAGUUAAAAAAUUGCUGCACAAGGGCCAAGGAAUAAGCUCCUCUCCAUCUUCUGCGGGGGUCGGACACAGAAAAACAAGCUUCUGCUACAGCAGGUAGAUGCAAGUUAGAUGCAGCAGAACUGCUGCUAGUGCUGAGGGGGCCAAAGCACUGAGGACACUCUGGUGUCCAUACCUCAGUGGUCUUUAGCAGCAGGCCAGGCAGAUACCUGGAGGGAUGUGCCAGCAUGGCUGGUCCUGCUCUGUGAUGGGGAGUCCCCUUCAGCAGUGUUGUGUGACCACACAGGCAUGGGAGACAGAGUGCAUUGGUGACACUGAUGUUGAGGGUCUCCAGGGCUGCAGCGGUUUGAGGGACUGUGGGGCCAUAACCAGUCUCAGGGACUGGUUUACAUUCAGAUGCCAACAUACAACAAGGAGCCCACAGUGCCAGCAGCAAGAACAAGACCCAGGAGCUUCUCUCACUUUCACAUGCACAUGUCAGAGUGCUUUCUGCUGAUGUUCAUCACGGCAAAUACGACAACUGAAAUUAAAGAAAAUCAGAAUAAUAAAACUGUGGCAUCCCGAGCAAGGCAUAAAAUCCUGGGGAUCAUUUCCUCAGUGAGUGAGCUCAUGACUUUACAACACCUUUUUCCAAACUUGUGGAAAAAACAAUAACUGGAGGAACUGUGCUAUGAGCAGAAGCUCAUUUAGUAGAUAAGAGGCAAUCAUAGAACUAAUCAUCAGGGAUUCAUUAGGAGGAGCAAGGCCAAAAAAGCUGGCAGCUUUUGUUUCCACAAGCAUGUCAUUUGCACACAGGGAUUGUCACCUUCCUCUCGCAAUGCCCAUUAGAACUCAAGAAAGCGAUGUACAUGCUUUCAUCUUGAGAGCCCUUUAAAUGAAUGAGCCUUGAGCCCUCUGAAGCACUAGUGGAAGCCCCCAGUCUCUCUUUCUCUUAGUGAUCUCAAGGCUGAAUCCACCAGCACGCUCUUGCUAAGCAGCCAUUAGUCACCACCGUAACAAAGACUGUUCCCCGGGAUGACAUGUACUGUCUUCAAAGAAACACGUAACAGCCCAAAGGGCCAGGCUCAAUUUGCCCAUGGUAAGAAGUUUUCCCAAGAAGCUCAAGGAGGAGCUGUUACUUGGAAGCACAUGUGCUUGCAGCUGCUGGAGGAUGCAUGAGACACCAGGUUGCCUGAAGAGACCACCUUCUGGAUGUGAUGAACUGGGUCCUUGUGGCACAGGGAGAGGGGCAAAAGGAAGGGAGUGGGAUGCAGAGUGGGGAAGCACUGAGAAAUGGUUUGUGCUGCUCAUCCCAUACGUCUCCUGCUCCCGGCUUAGCCUUCAGCCCAGCUCUCCACCUGCUUCUCCCCAGCAGGAGAUGAUGGCCCUGGAAGGUAAUGGAGAAGGAGGCACCCACACGGUUUUUGGUCCUUCAUCCCUCCUUAUCUCUGGAGUGCCUCUGGCUUUAAGAGUGGUUAUACAGCUUUGUGGCAUCACAUGUGAAAGGCCUUUCUGCAACUCUCUUUUAUCUGAAAAAACAAUCUUCUUUCCUUUUUUGUUCACCA